UUCACCGCGCUGCAUUGUGGGACGGUGGAGGCCUCGACAGGCAGCGAUACCUCUGAGUGUUUGUUUAUAUCUAUAUUUAUUUUUGUGUUCUUUCAGUUAUAUCGUUAUAACAGCGCGCGAUGGGGCAGGAGGAUAUGAUAAGCGCGGCCGAGGACGUGGCAGACCAGUUCUUGCGGGUCACUAAACAGUAUCUUCCUCACCUGGCGCGUCUGUGUCUCAUCAGCACGUUUCUGGAGGAUGGCAUACGCAUGUGGUUCCAGUGGAGCGAGCAGAGAGACUACAUCGAGGGCACGUGGAGCUGUGGAUAUUUCCUCGCCACCUGCUUUGUGCUGCUCAACCUCAUCGGACAGAUCGGCGGAUGUGUGCUGGUCCUCAGCAGAACUUUUGUACAGUACGCCUGCUUUGGGUUAUUUGGUAUAAUUGCGUUACAGACUGUUGCCUACAGCAUUCUGUGGGAUGUCAAGUUUCUCAUGAGAAAUCUGGCUCUGGGUGGAGGUCUGUUGCUGCUGCUGGCCGAGUCCCGGUCCGAGGGGAAGAGUAUGUUCGCUGGCGUGCCCUCUAUGGGCGAGAGCUCCCCCAAACAGUACAUGCAGCUGGGCGGUCGAGUUCUGCUGGUGUUGAUGUUCAUGACGCUGCUACACUUUGAUUCCAGCUUCUUCUCUAUUCUCCAGGACAUCGUGGGCAUGGCCCUCAUCAUCCUCGUGGCCAUCGGCUUUAAAACCAAACUGGCGGCUCUCACGCUCGUGGUGUGGCUCCUGGCCAUCAACGUCUACUUCAACGCCUUCUGGACGGUGGCCGCUUACAAACCCAUGCACGACUUCCUGAAGUACGACUUCUUUCAGACCACGUCAGUCAUCGGUGGCCUGCUGCUGGUGGUCGCUCUCGGCCCGGGCGGCGUCUCUAUGGAUGAGAAGAAGAAGGAGUGGUAAAAGCUUCAGUGCCCGGGACUCAAGAACUCUCACGCUUUAGUAGCUCAGCAAAACGCAGAGUUCCCGUGUUCAUCCACGUCCCCUUACUGUUGUCCGGUUUUAAAGCGCAAUGUUAAAUACUGGAAUUUUAUUUUCCUAUUUAUGUGCCCCUAUGUUGCAGUGAAUUACGAAGAUGCGAUACGCAUGAAAGAAAUGGUCCAUGAGUUCAGAAUCAUUUUGUAUCAUUUCAGUCACGUUCUUAAUGGCGACGCAGAAUGCCCGGUGGGAUGUGGCUCCUGUAUAACAGGGAGUUUAUUUGUGCUAUAGAAUAUAUAUGUAAGUAAUCCAUGUGAAAUGAAAUGGAUUGACUGUGAAAGCGACCGUCUGGUUGUCUGCCUAACAAACCUCUUUUGUGGACAGAGACUAUGGUCACACCUUCUCUUUGGUACUCUUUCGUCACCCUCAGCAAGUUUUCAGUGUGUUCUUCCUGCGGGACCUAUUUCUUGUCAUCGUUCUAGAGCCUGGGUUUGGGAACAAGCUCUUCAUAACGUUAAUGGUUCUGUUCGCCGACAUCUCUUCAGAAUCUGCUUUGAAAAAGAAAGCGAUGACGUCAUUGAGAGCCUCAUUUAUACGCCAGUUCUGUCGAGCACCAGAACCCUCAUUUGGACUUUGUACUGUGCACAUCUCGAGCUUUGACUCGAGUUAGUCCGUCGUCUUGGGUCACGGCAGUAAAUGUGGAGCGUAAGUGAAAUUUCAUCUUUUUUUUUUUUCAAACCUACAGGCCGAAAGGACGAGAGUUCUUUUCUUCAACCUGAUGUGGUCUCAUGCUCAGUGUUUUCUGUUGAAUAAAAAAGUCAUGAUAUUGAUUUUUCA